UUAAUAUAGCUAUUGUUUAUGAUUCAGACGCAGUCUAUUGGAUAAGUGGAGCUCAAAAGUUUCAGUAAACAUAUAAAGAAUUUAAAAUAAGCGUUGAAAGAAUAAAAAAGCGUUAAAUAUGGUAAUUAUCGGGCCAUUGGUUGAACCCGAAGAGGGAUUGGUAAAGAAAUUGGAUAAUGUUGAAAUGAAAAUCAACCAAACACAAAUGAAUGUCGGAACGCUGUACAUUACAGAAAACUAUUUACGUUGGCAAGAAACGGGCCGUGAAGAAGGCAUUUCAAUAGCGUGGGAGAGUAUCACAUUGCAUGCAAUUUCAAAUGAACCAAAUGUCAAAUGUAUUUAUAUCAUGUUGGAUGUUCACAUUGACUAUCCGCGCUCACAGGGCAAUGGUCAUGACGAACGUAUGGCUCAAGACGGUGAUAUCGAAGAGGAUGAUGAUGAUGAAGGAACUUGUGAAGAUGAAGAGCCACCCAUGACUGAGAUUUGGUACACGCCACACGAUGAAAAUCGAAUCGAAGAAAUUUUCGAAGCAAUGAAACAUUGUCAAAGCUUGCAUCCCGAUCCAAAUGACAGUUUUUCCGAGGAAGAAGAUGAAGAGUUCAUAAUGGCCGAAGAAAAUAAUCAUGCCGAAGAUGAUUUACAAAAUUUACAUAUUGAUGACGAUGAACGAUUUGCAGAUGCUGAAGAAAAUUAAAUACGUCUAAAUCUGUCAGCAAAAACACAUUAUGAAAAUGCAGAAGGUAUCGUUUUUCUAUUUCGAAUGAGAAACGAGAUUACAUUGUAGAAACCGCUACGAAUUUGAUUUUUUUCCUUGCAACGCAUGGAACAAACGUCUUCUUUUUCCAUUUUUGCUAGAAUUAUGUUAGUUUUAAUUUGCAUCGUAAUAUUAUUAAGCUCUUAAAAUAAACAAUAAAAAAACAUGAAUGCCAAUUCAAAUGAAA